AUGUCUUUCAGUUCGUCCUCAAGUUCCUUCCACCAGCCUGGCCCUCACUUCAACAACAGUAAUGGUGGGGGGAGCGACUACACUCACCAACUCCCCGCGGCACACAUACAUCAUGCUUCGACGGACUCCCUGUCCUUAAAGCCAAAUUCCCUGUACAUGGGGGAUCUUGACCCCAGCUGGGAUGAAAAUUCAAUUCGUAGAAUUUGGGCCGCCCUUGGGGAGCCAAAUGUUCAAAUCAAGUUGAUCAGAAGUUCGGGGCCUCUAAGUGGGAACUCUGGUUAUUGUUUUAUUGAGUUUUCCUCGCAUUUGAAUGCGUCAAACGCGCUGUUGAAAAACGGGCUUUUAAUUCCUAACACCACAAAUAAGUUUCUCAAACUGAAUUGGGCUACAUUUGCGACUACUCCUGGCAAUGAGCAUUCCGUAUUUGUAGGUGACUUAGCCCCCAAUGUCAGCGAGGCAGAACUCUUUGAACUUUUCAUCUCGCGUUACGCGUCAACUUUGAAUGCCAAAAUUGUUUUCGACCAAGUAACAGGGGUAUCAAAGGGAUACGGUUUUGUCAAGUUUGGACAGGAGGCAGAACAGCAAAGAGCUCUGGUCGAUAUGCAAGGCGUUUUUUUGAAUGGAAGAGCCAUUAGAGUUAGCACGACCUCUAAAAACAGGGUCAAGUAUGCUCCGCAGCGCCAACAACAGGCGCAGCAACAACCUCAAGGUCAGAACCUACCAAAUGCUCAUUCUAUUAUACAACAAACACAUUUGCAGAAUCAACCGUCUACCUCACAGCAAUUCAACCUUGCGCAAGCGAAUAAAAAUCAAAUACAGUCUCAGUUCAUUUAUCCUGUUCAGCAACAGCCUUCCUUGACCCAAUUUACUGACCCAAAUAAUACUACGGUUUUCAUUGGAGGUUUGUCGGCCUUAGUUACUGAAGAAGAACUGCGCGCCUAUUUCCAGCCGUUUGGAUCUAUCGUGUAUGUAAAAAUUCCAAUUGGUAAGGGCUGUGGUUUUGUUCAGUAUGUUGAUAGACUUGCUGCUGAGACGGCUAUUGCAAAAAUGCAAGGUUUUCCUAUUGGAAACUCAAGAAUUAGACUUUCUUGGGGGAGAAGUGCUAAGCAAGCUGUUAUCAUGCAGCAGGCAUUUGUGACUGCCGUGCAGCAACAGCAACAGCAACAGCAGCAACAGCAGCAACAGCAGCAGCAGCAACAGCAGCAACAACAGCAACAACAGCAACAGCAGCAACUGUUUCAUAAACAGCAGCAAGAACAGGCCCAAUUAGCUUUUUCUAACUUUCCGUACGAACGACAACCAGUCAUGGCAUCGUCAUACGGCUACUCCAGUACAUGGAACUCACUUGGUGGGGGGUAUAUGUCAACAGGUGCGGCCACUGCGUCAAGCGCAUUGAGCGAUUCGGUAACGGGGUCAUCAACCUCACUACUGGCUGGCCUCGGUAAUUUGGACUACGUAGGGGUCCCGACAGAUGCAGGCUCCGUCGCGAGUCCAUUCACGUACACCCCCACCUACUCGAAUUCUCAAUCGACAACGCAGGUAAGCGAUCAAUCGGUUGACGCUAGGGAGUACGGAAUCGCUUCUCAUCCAAAAUUUCUUGUGCAAGGGAAUGAAGUCUACGUGAAAAGCAAGUCAGAGUCCCUAGACAGGUUAGAAAAGGGCAGCAACGGUUUUAUAUUCGCUUAA